AUGAUCAACUUACCACAGACUGAAUAACUCGUUAAUGCUCUUGUUAAGCAGAAUAACGAACAAAAUAACUAUGACUCUGUCAAGUCAGGAUGGAAGAACUUUUCCUUCUGCCCUGAGAAACUUUCCUACAAUGACAUAAGAGUCACCAUGAGAAAGGAUUUCAAUCACUAAUCGAAUUCCUGUUAUAAAUGGUUCAGAAAUCUAAUCAUUCCAAAGAUAAAUAUUAUUUUGAAGAGUAACACAGAAUCAAUCACAACUGGUUCUCAAUACGAAGAAAAGUUUGAAAAUAUAUAUGCAAUAUUUUCAUGCUAUAAGUACCAUGAAAAUGCUUCCUUUAAUGUUCAACAAGUACCAAUGAAGGGUUAAGUAGCUUAGCCUUUUGUCUUAAAUCAAAAGCAAAAAGCUAAAAAGAAAUUUAACUAACUUAAAUUACUAUCUGCAAACUCAAAGAAUCUCUAAUUUUCUCAAAGUCAUAUUUAGAAUAGAAAAAUAUAUUACUGUUUAUGUAUCACUGUUUGCAAAAUGUAAGGUAAUUAAGUUACCCAAGAACUAAUGACUGCGCUUCUCAUGCCCAUCCUAGUAGAAAAUCGCAAGAAAUCACUUUAAAAUAGAACAAACAAAUAUAUGAAAUUUAUGGAAUUCUUACCAAUAGAAUUCUAAAGACCAUUAAUUCUUCCUCUAUAAGAGAACAAAGAUGACAAUGUAUUUAAGUACUGCAUUGAAAACCACUUGAAAAAUGAAGCUUAACGUAUUUCCUAAUAUUAAAAUGAUGAGGUUUCCAAAUAUUCUUCUGAUAGCCUUCCUCUUGAAUCUCCAUUCAAUAACUUCGGAGCAUUCUAUCUCAAGGAGGGACGUAACUCUUCCGGAGACGAAUAAAUUGUAUUCUCUUCUGAAGAAGAGUCUAAAAAUAAAAAGUUCUUACUUAAAGCAAUUAACAAUGGAGACAGUUAAAUGAUGGAAGAAGAAGAUUUGGAAAAAGAUGUCAUCCUUUCUGAUGAUCUAAUAAGCGCUCUAAUCUAUUUAUCGUCAAAGACAAUUAGACACAAAAUUUAUCAUCCCUUCUUUUUGAGCAAUCGUUUUUCAUAAGCAUUUGAUCUGAAAAUUAAAUCAGAUUUGGUUUAAAGUGGUGAAAAAUAAGAAGCCUUAGUCAAAAUACAAAAAAUAUUGCUUGAUAGUGUUUUUUUCCCUAAAUCCCAUUUUAGAUAAUCUGACGAUCUAACCUUUAAAAAUCAGCCUCUUUGCUUGUUGAUUAAGCCUAUUUUCAAAAAGUAAUCAGUAGAUUCUAUCUUCUACCACAAAAUUACUUCCUAGAUUGCUAAUUAUUUAGAAUGCAUUUAGACUAAUGAUGGCUUGUUUGUUGGAUUUGAAGAGUAAAUCCCUAAUAUUAAUGAAUACUAGUCUAUCAACUUUGAACACAUGGAAUACAAGUAUUGCUAUGAUGAACUAACCAGAAUACCCAUGAAAAUUUAAUAGAAUAAGGAAAUCGGAAGCAUAAAAAAUUCCUGCCAACAUUAUGAAAUAAAAAUUUCUCCUACUUAAAAAGAAGGAUUAAAGGGCUUAGAAGAAAAUGGCAUAAAUAUCUAUAGAACAAUCGUUGACUGUCACAUUAAUGAUGAAGGAAAAAGAAAACAUUUGAAAAAAGUGAAAUUGUUAGGCUGUUUCUCCUCUGAUGAUGAAAACCUCAUAAAAAUAUAAGAAUAUAAUAAUUUUUUAACAAACAACUUCAACUAAUCAAAUAAUAUUAAUGAUAAUAUUAAUAAUAACAAUAAUAGCAUCAACUCUAGUUCCACCAACUAAAAUAGUAUAACUAAUAAACCUAAAAAAUAUAACUAAAAAUGUUCAGUCGAUUUAGAUUUGAAUGAUUAAGAAAUCCCCAACUAAAAUUUAUUAUAAAUCAACUAAAAAAUAUAAUUAUCAAAAAAUCAACUUUAAUUUUAACAAUCAACUUCAUCUUCUAAUCAGCAACUUUAACCAAAAUCAACUUUGCUUUCAAGCACUUCAAAUAGCCCAAACAACAAAAAUAAAAAUAACUUUGAAACUUUUAACUCACCUCAAAUUGAGAUAAGCUAAAUAGAAAACAACAUUGAAAUUCCCUCUGAAUAAGCUAACAGAGAGGAAAAUAAAACACAAAGCAAUUAGUAAACCCAAAUCGAAGUCCCAAAUUAAAAUGAAUCAAAUACUAAUUAACCAACCCAGCUAUUACAACAAUAAUAACCUUAAUAAGUAAAUUAAUAGAAUCAAGUAUUUCCUAAUAAUUAAAUGAAUGGAAAUGCUACUACUAAUAAUAAUAAUCAAUAAUAAAAUUAAAAUUACUUUAACUACUAAUCUCCCUUUGGUUUCUAAUAUAACCCCUUUCAAUUCAUGUAAUAAUACAAUUAAGGUAUGUACCCUUACAUGCAAAAUAUGUAAAAUGGAUUCUUCUAAUAUCCUCAAAUGAAUUUUAAUCCUUACUAAAAUAGUAAUAUUAAUAAUAACAAUUAGAUGGCCGUUUAAUAAUAAUAAUAAUAAUAAUAAUAAUAAUAAUAAUAACAACAACAACAACCUUAAUAGACGUAACCUUAAAAUCAACAAAACUAACCUGUUGGUUAUUUAACUAUUCCUGUGUUUUUCAAUAAUAAUAAUAGCAGUAACAAUAACAAUAACAGUAAUGAUAAUACAACCAAUGUAGCUUAACAAAAUGUCUAACAAUAAAUUUAAAUUUGA